AAACGAGAGAGAAUGAUGCGAACUGUCAAAUUCGGUGCGUGCUACGGAUGUGUGCGUAUGCUGUUGCUGCUGCUGCUGCUAGCACGGUACACUUUUCUAACGAACUGAUUUCUAUUAUUUUUCAAAGAUCACUCGCGUGCCGCCACUCAAAGCCGACGGUUGCUGUGUGCCGUUUGUGCUUCGAUCUUCGUCAGGAAAAACAAGGCGCCUUUCGCUACCUUCGCAUCCUUUUUUUAAUACAUCCGCGGCGUAGCCUUUUUCCAUUACCCUCUCGCGGUGGACAAUUGUGUCACAUUCCGGCGUGCUCCCAGAGCGUGCAACUCCAGCAGCGUCGUCAGUCGUUCGGUGUCCAUUCACGAAUUCGGUCGCAAACCAGCGGCAGCCGCCAACAAUCCAGGAAGUUUCUACCAAAACAGCCAAGCAAGUGUGCAAAGUGCAUUCGAAAGUGUGACAUCGCUUUUCUUUAGUGGCUGAUUUAGUGAAUAAGGGUAGUGAAUUAUGCGAACAAAUCCAGAUUUAUGUGAAAAGCAAAGAGCACCCGUCAACAUUUGCUGAAUUCAAGCAUUGAAGUUUAAGCUUUUAUCUGUAUUUUCCUGCCGAAUGUGUCAAUACUACUGCAAACAUUUCUAACCUCGAUUCCUGCCGAAAGUGACUCAGUGACAGCGGGUGUGUGCAGUGCAUUAACGUGGAAGGAUACUUUUUAAAAAAUAGUGUGAAAUUGAUUACGACCCUUCCGCUCAAAAAAGCAGUGGCGUGUGUUAGGGCUUCGUGAGAAGUUUUAUGUGCGGGAAGAAGUGAAAAUUAUAAACCAUCCAACACAUCUUGUGGUACAGUUCAUCAGGAAACCAGCAGUAUUCGACCACGGAUCAUUCACCGGCAACGGUAAACUACGGAACCAGCAAGUGACAAGGCAGUUAUGGCUUUGUCGCUUCUGCAGGACGCUCAAACAGCAAGAGGAUUAGCCGCCGUCCGUACGUUGCAAGGUAUGAACCGUGACGAAGAGCGUAGCCUGUCGGUUUCGCCACCCCUUACUGGCCAGCGCCAGCAGCACCAUCUCGGCAUGAGCUUCCAGCACACGCCUUCCCUUUACGGUGGAUUCCAUCCGGCCACUGCUUCCGCCAUGGGUAUGCUUGCCCCACAACUGUUGGCCGCCAAUCAGACGGCCGCAGCCGCCCUGAUGGCCGCCGGACUUCCAAUGUCGCUGAGGGCAUCGCUCGCUACCGGUCUCUUCCCGCCGCAUGCUGCCCUGUUCGGGGCUUGGGCACCUCCAACACCCACCAGCAAUAACAGCAGUCCUCCACCGCCCCAAAGUCCGAUCUCACCCGCCCUCAGCCAUAAGAGCUCCAAGUCGCUUAAGAUGAGUGCCGCUGCCGCCAACAACAACAACAACAGCAGUAGCACGAACAACAAUCACAUCGUGUCCACCACGUCCGAGAUACUGCCACAGACGAAGAAGCUAACCAAGCGGAAGCAUCAGGCAGCGUCCCGUAAGGAAUCGGCCGCCUCACACCAUCACCAUCAUCUGCAUCAUCUGAUGCGUUCGCCGAGCCAUUCGCAUCCGCACCAUCUGACGAUCCCGGUCGACAUACCGGUAAGUCCGGGACCAAUCUCACCGCCGACCUCCGGUUCAUCGCCCCAAUCGAACGGUAGCGUCGAACUGCCAACCACGAUCACUACCACGACCACCUCGAACAACAACAACACCUCCUCCUCGACGUCCUGCUCGUCGGUGACGUCGCGCGAUCCUUCCCGCGACAAGGUGUUCACGUGCAAGAUCUGUAGCCGCUCGUUCGGGUACAAGCACGUCCUGCAGAACCACGAGCGGACGCACACGGGCGAGAAACCGUUCGAGUGUCCCGAGUGUCACAAGCGAUUUACGCGCGAUCAUCACCUCAAGACGCACAUGCGACUGCACACGGGCGAGAAGCCGUACUCCUGCACGCACUGCGAUCGUCAGUUCGUGCAGGUGGCUAACCUGCGUCGGCAUCUGCGGGUGCACACGGGCGAAAAGCCGUACGAGUGUGAGAUGUGCGACCAGAAGUUUAGCGACUCGAAUCAGCUGAAGGCCCACAUGCUCAGCCACAGCGGUCAGAAACCGUUCCACUGUGAUAGGUGCAACUCGAGCUAUCGGCGACGGCACCAUCUACUGCACCACAAAUGUGGUCUGUCGAGUCCGCCAACACCUGCUGUAAGUCCCGCCGCCAGUGGUGAUCAUCUCUCCGACCAUGCCAAAUCCGUAUGCGGUGGUUCCGAAUCGAGUGAUCUAUCGCUGGACGGACUGUCCAAGAUUCCGACCACUCCGGGCAUGCUGUUGCACCAGAAGUUCCCCGGUUUGACACUACCGCUUAACUUUGGUCCACUGCCAGAGGUGAAGACGGAAUCGAGUACCGCCGCGAUGGAUCUGCGUGCUUCUAGUCGGUCUCGUACACCGCAACAGAUUGCGCACAUCAAAAGUGAACUGCCGGAGCAGACGGAACCGGAAGAUCUUAGUAUGCAUUCGCCCCGAUCGCCGGUCUCCAUGGAGGAGCUGGACGAGCUGGACGAUGCGGCCACACUCUACCUCAAGCAGCGUCAACAGCUGCUCCAACAGCAGCACGGAAUGGAGCUGUAAGCGAACAGGGAAGAUGAACAAGAAAACACAAACCAAAAAGAAACUCCUCGACACACAGACAAACACACACACACGAACUCACCUCAAGAUGCCAAUCUAUUAAUUAACUAAAGAAUUACUGUUAAGAGUCACUCCUGCUGCUAGAGCGUAUUGAUGGUGACGUCCUCUAUACAACAAGGUUAAUAUAGGAGAAUUUAUAUACACCUGCACAGUGUAGUGUGUACUUCCCGAUUCGGGGAAGAAGACCUGUACGUGUGUAUGUGAACCAUAAGCGAAGAGAGAAGAGAAAGAGGGAUAGAGGGACAGAGAUAAGAGGACCUCUUCCUGGAUCCUGCAUCCUCUUGCCCGUGUAUAUAUAAAUGUAUGAGCCUUUAAAAUCUCGAUGUACAAAGUAAUUUUAAAACGUUAUCCUUUUGCCGAUCAACCCCCAAAAAGGUGAUCUUCUCUUUCUUCUAUCUCUCUCCCUCUCUCCUUCUUGCUCUCUCUCUCUCUCUCUCUCGUGUUCGUAUGGAAAAGUUUUACGAGGAGCAUCACCUUUUCAAGUCACAAUGGUUCAGGGAGCUUAAAUUAGAUCUGCUCUUUUUAAGCGAAUGUUUUUUUAUGUUAAUGUUUGAUGAGGCGUACAACACACAUUGAACCAUUCACUGUCGCACAACGCGUACAUACACACGAAAAAAAAACAAACACAUUUGCUCAUUAGUUUCGUUUCUCGUCAAGCUGAACCUCAUUCCUUAAUCGCAAGAUGAGGAUUGCACAGGUACGGUUUGUUUUGGUAUACAAGUUCCUCCUCAAUAGUCGCGCUGAAGAAAACAGAAACGCAGAAGAAGACGAUACACAAAUGGAAAAAAUCAAACACGAAUUGUAAAGGAUCAACAACGGCAACCGGUCCUGUCCUGCGUAUGUCCCAACCGUUACCUCACUUUUCUUGCCCCUGUUUCCUUUCCACGUCUUCCCAUCAUUUCCACUCGUUUUAAAAUCAUCAUUCCCUUCCUUUCCAUUUUUGCAUACCAUCUUCAUGGUGAGGGUGAGAUCGCGAGGAUCGAUCUGGGAUCGUUUCGUUUUUGGGUGAUUUGAACAAGCAAACAAGGAAACAAACAAGGUGCUUCUGCGUCCCCGUAGGCAAAACGUUAGCAAGUAGUGCCAAAAACCUGUUCGCCUUUAUCCGCAAGGAAAGGAGACAUCUUUUUAUGUUUAUGUGGGUAAUUGUAAAGCAUAAGUCAAACCGUUUACAAGGCAGCAAAAUCAAAAUUCGUUUUUUUAGUUGAAAUAUUUUAGUUAUACAAUUUCGGGAGCGAAGGUCUGUUUAGGUUUUAGGUAAGCAAUGCGUUUUUAUUUUAAGGUGGGUUUAUCGGUCUCCAAAGGUGGAAACUCCAGCAAAAUGGUGCGGUUAUCUAUUAAUAUUAUUUUUCUUUAUUUUGAAAAUAAAAAACAUAUUUAAACGUUUUUUUUUCUAAACCAAGAAAGCGCAAAAUGAACAUCAAAAUUAU